AUGGGAAUCAACGGAAGGCAGUCAAGAAGAAGGCACACGAAGUCAGCGAAGGUUCGAUCGUCCUUCUGGAUGAAGGAAGGAGGUACGAUGGCUUCUGAUUUUUCAUCGAUUGAUUCGCAAUCGGUGAUGGCCUCCGGGAUUCGACUUAGGCCGAAGAAGAGGAAGGGAAAGGAGAAAACAUUAUUCGUGUUUGGGAAGAUCGAUGUCAAAAAACUACAAUUGAAAUGGUUGCAAGCACAAAUGGGACUCGUAAGUCAAGAACACGCACUAUUUGGAACGUCGAUUCGAGAAAAUAUUAUGUUUGGGAAGAUCGAUGCAACAAUAGAGGAAGUAAUCGCCGCUGCAACGACUGCCAAUGCUCAUAAUUUCAUCAGGUCGCUUCUGGAAGGAUAUGAAACAAUGGUUGGUGAAAUACGGGCACUUCGAGGUUAA